CCCCCCCCAUCAUGCGUGGUCUCACUUUCCUGGUCACCCUGGUGGCCCUCCUCACCGGUUUCUACCGCUACUUCGACUCCCGUCUGGAUCAAUUCUACGUCUUCGACCCCUCGAACCUGCACGAGCUGUCCCAGCGCGCCAUCGCCGCCCACGGGAACGACACGCGCGCCGUCGUCGACUUUAUCGUCACCGAGCUGGACGAGAAGGUCCCGGGGUCUAACCUCAACCGCGACGAGGAAUGGGUCUUUAACAACGCCGGCGGUGCCAUGGGCGCUAUGUACAUUAUCCACGCCAGCAUCACCGAAUAUCUCAUCAUCUUCGGCACCUCGAUCGGUACAGAAGGUCACACCGGCCGCCACACCGCCGACGACUACUUCAACAUCCUGCAAGGCACCCAGCUGGCCUUCGUCCCGGGCUCCUACGAAGCCGAGGUCUACCCCCAGGGCAGCGUGCACCACCUCCAGCGCGGCCAGGUCAAGCAGUACAAGAUGGACGAGUCGUGCUUUGCGCUUGAGUAUGCCCGCGGCUGGAUCCCCCCCAUGCUGUUCUUCGGCUACGCCGAUACUUUCUCCAGCACGCUGGAUUUCCCGACCUUGUGGGCGACUACGCGCAUUACGGCGCGUGAGAUGAUUGCCAAUCUGCUUAAGGGGAAGAUGUAA